GCCCCUCCUAUCUUUUUUUAAAAUCAGUUUUUUUCCUAAAACUGCGGCACACAAAUCUCCAAGGCACGUUUGACAGGCAGGAGAUGGAGUGAAAGCUCUGGGACGGCUCUUCUGUGAGCGGAAGUUGUACGGCAAGCGGUGGCUGGGCGGCAGGCUGCAGAUCGAGGUCGAACGACGUCUUGGCACUAGAUCGGGCGGACACUUGCACCAGACCAGAGUUUUUAGUCGUCGACUAUGCUCACAUGCCGUAUUCUCUGGAAGAAGGCGAUGGCCGGUGGACGGUGGCUAGAUGGCGGGCGGACAGCGGACGGCGGGACGGCUUCGUGGGUGGACAUUGGGAGACAUUCCGUAGAUAUGGGUAAUCUCCAACGCAAGCGAAGGAAGGAGAUUGCGACAAGCCAUCCUAGUUUACGCAAAGGCAAAGGUAAAGGGCGGGCCGGGUCUUCUUCUCAAAGUCAAGAAGAUUUUGAUGACGGAUACCAAAGGCGAGAUGUGGAUGCGAUGUCCGACGAGCAACUACAACAACUAUUGGCGCAAAAUGAUGGUCGCUUUUUCCAACAACAAAACAUCCCGUAAUCCAUUGAUGAAGGGGAGCUCGAGGAUGACGAUGUGGAGGAGGACGAGGGGGGCGACGGGACUCACGACACCCCGGAUGAUGAGCAAAAGUUGGAGGACGAGGGCGGUCCAUCCCAAGUUGGUAAGAAAUCUAAA